AUGGCAGCAUCCGAAACUAGCAUGAAAACAAUGAAACCCACAAAGAGAAAAUUUGUUGGGGUCCGACAAAGGCCAUCAGGGAGGUGGGUGGCAGAAAUCAAAGAUUCAUCACAAAAGGUGAGGUUAUGGCUUGGUACUUAUGACACACCUGAAGAAGCGGCUCGAGCCUAUGAUGAGGCAGCUCGAGCCUUGAGAGGUGAAAACGCGAGAACCAACUUUGCACCUAUGGUAAAUUCAAUCUCCAGUUCGUGGUUGGAUUCAGACUCAAGACGCGCACAUAGCUUUUCUUCGUUAAAAGUGAGGCUAAGCAAGAACUUAGAAAGCAUCAUGGCGCGAACCACUGAAAAUAAGUCUUCAUCAAAAAGCAGGGUGAGCGAUCAUUUCACUUUCGCUAGUAUAUUCAACUUUAAGGGCAAUCACCAAUACCAGAACAUCAAUGUUGUUGGUGACAUAGAAAAAGCGGUACAACCUAGUGUGAUUGUACCAUCACAAAUGGGACCGGAUCAUGAUGUUGCUACAACAUAUAAUUCGUCAUGGGAAAGCUCAAGCGUGUCGGAUUGUAGCAACGAGUGGACAUGUUUUUCGACUAGACAACAUGGGUUGGAUUCAGAUGGCUCUGAUAUCGGUGAAGGAAGUUAUUUUGGAGACCAAAUGAUUGGAGGGUGGAUGAGUAGCCCGGACGUUAGCGAUGGUGGUUCGAGGAGUAAAAGGUUUAAGGUCUCUUCAUCGGUUUUGGUUCCUCCAAAGUUCAGUGAUCAAACCAACGAGUCAGGUUUUCCAUGGUGA